AUGGUCGUCGCCCUCUCCAUGCUCGUCCAGAGGACGCCACGGAUACGAGUCCUAGUCGUCACCUGGUGGGUUUCUUCCUCCGUCCUUCUUACUCUUCUGAACCUGAUGAUCCUUGUGGACAGAGAAGGCAAACUGGAAAUCCUCGACAUUGUAGAGUGGGCAAUGAGCUUUCUACUGCUACUCUGUGCCUUCAGACUCACCAGGAAUCCGCCACCCGGAACAAUCCCCGACCAGGGCUUGUCCGAGCCUCUUCUGUACGCAGAUGGAGGAGAAACUAAAACGGAGAUAUCCAUGGCGGGCAUCUGGAGUAGAUUGGCCUUCUCCUGGUUGAACCCCCUUCUACGUUCGGGGAACCGGAAGCCAUUACUCCCCGAGGACAUACCUGGCUUAGCCCAAGAAGACGACGCCGUCCUUGCCUCCCAAGCAUUCUCCCACCAGUGGAAUGCGCUACGCGCAGAAGACGAAGCUAGAGUCAGCAACCUACUACUCUGCACCGUGGGAAGGUGUUACUGGAAGGAGAUGGUGUUCGUGGGGGUCUACGCUCUACUGUUCUCUGCUUCCACCAUAGCUUCUCCGCUGAUUCUCUACGCCUUCGUGGAGUAUUCUGGUACCAGAGGGGAUGAGGAUCUGAGAUCCAGUCUGCUUCUUCUGGGUCUGCUGGUGGUCAUCAAGGCCACGGAGUCUCUCUCGCAGAGGCACUGGUUCUUCGACGCGAGAAGGGCCGGGAUGAAAAUGAGAUCCUCCGUCAUGGCGGCUGUCUUUCAGAAGCAGCUGAAGCUGUCCAGUGUGGGGAGGAGGAACCACUCCACGGGUGAGAUCGUCAACUACAUCGCCGUGGACGCAUACAGACUGGGAGAGUUCCCAUGGUGGUUUCACUAUGGGUGGAGUCUUACCCUUCAGCUCGUCUCCGCCAUCGUUAUCCUCCUCGUCACGGUGGGCGUGGGGGCUCUCCCUGGCCUUGUUCCUCUGCUCCUCUGCGCAACACUAAACGUCCCCUUCGCCAAUUCGCUGAAGACCUACCAGCUCCGGUUCAUGGCCGGCCAGGACGACAGACUCCGGGCAACCUCCGAGGCCCUCAAUAACAUGAAGAUCAUCAAAUUGCAGUCGUGGGAGGAGAAAUUCAGGGCGACGAUCCAGGCCCUGAGGGACGUGGAAUUCAAGUACCUUUCUGGCCUCCAGAUCAUGAAAUCCUACGGGUCGGUGCUCUACUGGAUGUCGCCCAUCCUAGUCUCGGCUGUGAUCUUCGCCGGGUGCGUCGCCACUGGCAGUGCGCCGCUGAACGCCGGAACCAUCUUCACUGUGCUGGCGACGCUGAAGGUCAUGGCGGAACCUAUGCGGAUGCUGCCCGAGGUGAUCUCCGCGCUGAUCCAGAUGAAGGUGUCGCUGGAUCGUCUGGACAGAUUCCUGCUGGAAGACGAGAUCAAGGAAGAGGACGUUCAGAGGAGGCCCGUCUACAGCUCGGAGCUCGGCGUUAGAAUACGCAAGGGGGAGUUCAGAUGGGAUCCCGCCGUCUCGGUUGCCGCCUUGAGGAAUGUAGAUGUAGAGGUGCAGAGAGGCCACAAGCUUGCAGUCUGUGGGCCCGUCGGCGCGGGGAAAUCUUCGCUGUUGCAGGCGAUUCUCGGGGAGCUUAACAGAGUCUCCGGAUCUGUGAGCUCACCUCCGAAGUCUCUCUCCUUCUCUGAUUCCUUGCAGUGACUUAAACGGAGAUUCUUCGUCGUCUUCAUCGCAGGUCGAGGUCUUUGGCUCCAUCGCCUACGUCUCACAAACCUCAUGGAUUCAGAGCGGGACCAUCAGAGACAACAUACUGUACGGGAAGCCUAUGGAGGAGACGAGAUACGAGAUGGUCAUCAGAUCCUGCGCGCUGGACAAGGACAUCGACAGCUUUGACCACGGGGACCUCACCGAGAUCGGGCAGAGGGGCCUGAACAUGAGCGGAGGGCAGAAGCAGAGGAUCCAGCUUGCCAGAGCAGUCUACAGUGACGCGGAUGUCUUCCUCCUCGACGAUCCAUUCAGCGCUGUGGAUGCUCACACCGCUGCAGUCCUCUUCAACGUAAGAUGUUGAUGCCGAUUUUGACGCUGAUUGCUGUUGUCUACUCUUUUCCUAUGACUUGAUGGACCCGACCUUGGUUGCAGGACUGCGUCCUGACCGCCCUCAGGAGCAAGACAGUCGUACUCGUCACCCACCAGAUCGAGUUCCUCUCGCAAGUGGACAGGAUCCUGGUAAUGGAGGAGGGACGAAUCACUCAGGCGGGACGUUACGAGGAGCUUCUGGAGGUGGGCACGGCUUUCGAACAGCUCGUCAGUGCCCACGAGUCGGAGCGCUACGAAUCCCCAGAUAUUCUGGAAACCAGACCCGAGGCACAACCAAACGAUCGGCACCAGCAGAAAGCAGAAGAUGCGUCGUCCAUUACAAACGCCUCCAAGAUUCAGUUGACCGAGGACGAAACAAAGGAUGGGGGAAACCUUGGGUGGAAGCCAUACGUUGACUACGUCUCCUUUUCAAAUGGGUUUCUUCACCUUGUCCUGAUCAUCUUAUUCCAGUCUGGGUUUGUUCUUCUCCAGUCACUUUCUACUUUCUGGCUUGCAUAUGCGAUUCGGAUUCCCAAUAUGGGAAAUAUCACACUGGUUGGUGUAUACACGGCGUUAUCUUCCCUGAGCGGCGUCGCCAUGUACACGAGGAGUCUUCUGUCCACUCAUUUAGGACUGAAGGCCUCCAUGGCCUUCUUCUCCGGAUUGAUGGAAUCCUUGUUCAGAGCUCCCAUGGCGUUCUUUGACUCGACACCCGUCGGAAGGAUUCUCACCAGAGUAAGAUACCUGCUUAGCUAGUUACCUUUAAUAGCUCCUUCUAACUCUCAACUGACGUAUUGCAGGCCUCCUCAGACAUGAGCAUCUUGGAUUACGACAUCCCCUAUGCCCUCUGCUUCUCCCUGUCGGGUAUACUGGAAGUGAUGGCGACGGUGCUGGUAAUGGCGGUAGUCACAUGGCAGAUCUUGAUUGUGGCUGUUCCGGUAACCAUUGCCGUGAGGUAUUAUCAGGUGCGCCUUCGCCUUCUCUCUAUACCGCGCGACUUAUUGUUGCGGACACUCUAGAAAUAGCGGACAUCAUCUGAUUGUGAGGUAUCGUCUGUCUUCUGCUCGGAACUGAAGAGGUACUAUCUGUCCUCUGCGAGAGAGAUUGUGAGGAUCAACGGGACGACGAAGGCUCCCCUCACGAACCACGCGGCGGAGACCUCCCUCGGUGCCGUUACGAUCAGAGCGUUCUCCGGCGGGGAGAGGUCCGUCCGGAGGAACAUGGAGCUGAUCAACACCGACGCGUCGCAGUUCUUCCACUCCAUCGCCGCCAUGGAGUGGCUGCUCUUGCGAGUGGAAUCUCUCCAGAACAUCACCGUCGUAGCCGCAGCCGUCUUCCUCCUGCUGCUUCCGAAGGAGAGCGUAUCACCGGGUGAGUAUUGCAGAGCAACGAACUGAUAUGUUAAAUCUGCGACUAUCAUCAGCUGUAUAGUCGUGACCUUCUCGCUGAAUUCCACGCUGGUGAAUGGUGCUGUUAGGGUUCGUGGGCCUCACCUUGACGUACGCCCUAAAUCUGAGGGCCUGCCAAGGGUUCUUAACUCGUUGGUACUCCAGCUUGGACAAUUACAUUAUCUCUGUGGAACGGAUCAAGCAGUUCAUGCAGAUUCCAUCGGAGCCCCCCGCCACAAUCGAAGCUCGCAGGCCGCCGCCGCAAUGGCCGGCAGAAGGGAGAAUCGAUCUGGAAGAUCUCAAGGUAGAGAGGAUACCAAAAAAAUCCUUCAUUCAAGAUAUUUCCAAAAUUCUCACACCAUCUGUGGUGAUGAUUUGAGGGUUAUAGAUCAAGUACCGCCCGAACGCGCCUCUGGUCCUCAAGGGGAUAACGUGCACCUUCGCCGCCGGCCACAAGGUGGGAGUCGUCGGGAGAACAGGCAGCGGGAAGACGACACUGAUAAGCGCACUGUUCCGCGUGGUGGAUCCCGCCGGCGGGAGGAUACUCGUCGACGGUCUGGACAUCUGCUCGAUCGGCUUGAAGGACCUGAGGAUGCACCUCAGCAUCAUCCCGCAGGAGCCGAGUCUCUUCCGCGGCAGCGUCCGUAGCAACCUCGAUCCUCUCGGUCUUCACACUGAUCACGAGAUCUGGGAGGUGAUACCUCGAUCUAACAUUCUACUCCGCUCGCGUCUAACAUUCCUUUAAUUGCAACGUAUGUUGCUGUUCAGGCAUUGGAGAAAUGCCAGCUCAAGAAGACGAUCGCCAGCCUUCCAGACCUCCUGGACUCCUCAGGUUCUCCAUAAAACCUAAACCCUAAAACCUCUACACACCUCAGGUCUAAUGUUCCAUUCUUUCCUUGGUUGCCGUAAAGUGAGCGACGAGGGGGACAACUGGAGCGCCGGGCAGCGCCAGCUGUUCUGCCUCGGGCGGGUCCUCCUCCGGCGGAACCGGAUCCUCGUCCUGGACGAAGCCACGGCGUCGAUCGACUCCGCCACCGACGCGACGCUGCAGAGGAUCAUCAAGCAGGAGUUCGGCCGGUGCACCGUCAUUACGGUGGCGCACCGAGUCCCCACCGUCGUCGAAAGCGACAUGAUCUUGGUGCUCUCUUUCGGUACGCCGCUUCCUCUCCCCCACACGGGAAGAAGAACUGAUCCAGAGAAUCCUCAUCGUUGCCCGGUGUCGGUUCCUGAUCUUGCAGGAAGCAUCGUAGAGUACGACGUGCCCUCCAGACUUAUGGCGGAGAGCGGCUCCGCAUUCUCGAAGCUGGUGGCGGAGUACUGGUCCAGUUGGAGAAGGAGCAACUCCUCUCAGAACCUCUUCACCGGGUAG